AUUUUCCCGUUUGGGGAAGAUCGGGAUUUUCUGUUUUGACGACUAAUCUUCGCAAUUAAGUCUUCUUUUCUGCCGCCUCUCAUCGCGGCAACAGUGACUACUGAUAGGCUCUCUCUCUCUCUCUCUCUCUCUCGCUCGCUCGCUCUUGGUUGAAGGCCUUCGUAGGUUUCUGCCCAUUCGUGAAUUCAUUGAAAUUCAAUAGUCUUGGGAGAUGAGUCUUGCUACAGUGUGUCAGACUCUAAAAGAGUUAUUUCCUCAGGUUGAUGAUCGUUUGCUGAAGGCUACCGCAUUUGAGCAUGGUGAUGAUGUAGAAAGUGCUGUGGAUUUUAUUGUUAACGAGGUACUUCCAUAUAUAGCUCCAGACACAGAUGCUGCAGAUUCUCAAGGGUCCUCAACUAUUUCCACUGGACUGUCAUCCCUGGGUCUCAGUUUCUCUUCUUCAGAGGACCAAAGUUCUAAAUUGAGACUUGAGUCACUUGAGGAUUUUCCCAAUUUAGCUACUGGUGCAACAUCCACUCACAAUCCUACUGAUGUAAGCAACGGCUUGUCUUUGCAUACUGGAUUUGUAGCAUUUGAACAUUGUGCUGAAAAUGAUGCUGCUUCUGAGUGUGUCAAGGCAUCAACUUUGGGAGAAGAAACCAAGCCUGAUUCUGUUCAGAAUGUUGAGGGUGUGUUUCAUGAGGAGAGAUUUGGUCCAUCGGAGUCUCCCAUGUUUAACUCUAGCUCCAGGGUUUUGAAAAAUGAAGAGUCUUGUGAGCAAUCUGAUAAUCCUGAUGGUAUGACUGAUGAUUGGAUGCCCAUCAGAGAGACAGAUGCAGCUGGUCAUGUCAAUGAAAUUCUUAAUAUUGAUUUUCUAGAAGACUUAAUUAACGAGGCUAAAAAGAAUAAGGCCAUCUUACUUAAAGCACUGGAAUCGGUUGCUUUGUUGAUGAAAGAGGUAGAUAUACGUGAGAAGGAAGCAGAAGAUGCCAAAGAGGCAGCAUCUGUUGCUGGCUCUGAGGCUCUCAACAAGGCUGAAGAUUUAAAAAAGAUGCUGGCACGUGCAAAAGAAGCAAAUGACAUGCAAGCUGGGGAAGUUUAUGGGGAGAAGUCAAUUUUGGCAACUGAAGCACGGGAACUUCAGUCACGGUUGCUCCAUAUGUCUGAAGAAAGAGAUAAGCACCUCUCCUUAAUUGAUGAGGUAAGCAGGGAUCUGCAAGCCAGAAUAGCUGCGGUAGAUGAGGCAAAAGCAGAAGCAGAGCAAGAAAAGCUAAGGAAGGAAGAAUGUGCGAGUAACGCUCUUGCUGAACAGGAGCUUAUCAUGGAGAAAGUGGUGGCAGAGUCGAAGCAACUUAAAGAACAAGCAGAGAAGAACUCUAAGUUGCGUGAAUUCCUAAUUGAUCGUGGGCGUAUUGUUGAUAUGUUGCAAGGAGAACUUUCGGUAGUCUGUGAGGAUGUUAAAUUGCUGAAAGAAAGAUCAGAUAAAGGCCUAAGUCUUAGCAGCUCAAGUUUCCUUGCAUCAAAAUUGGGUGCCGACACAGGUUAUGUAUUGUCAUCUUUGAGUAUGUCUAUCAAGAGCCAGACUUCAAGUUCUGAAGGUAGAGGGGCAAGCUUGAACUGCUCUCUGGCAGGGUCAGUGACAAAAGAAACGGCAGAUCCACUCUCUGCAACUGUUGAGCAAUGUGAGGAAACGAAGUUGAAGAUAUCUUGUGAAGAGAUGGUAGGCCGAGAAGAGGAUUGGGAUGAACCGUGGGAGCUUCUAAAAGGCGCUUGUCAUUUGCAGGCUGAAAUGGUACAACAGCAGUGAAAGUAGUUGACGAGUGAAAUGUUGGCUUUCAUUUUCUUUUUGACGGCUUUUUGCCCCUGUUUUGCACAUAUGGAAAAUAAUCAACAAUAUCACAUUUUUGGGUGUAAACUGCAUCAGCUUUAGUAUGUGCGUCCUGUCAAUAGCCUGUUCUCAGGAACUUUUCCGUACUGUGUUGCAUACAUAGAAGAAUAAACAAGGAACAGUUUUGAAA